AUGGGAGUUGUGGAUGUGACAGUUGCGUGUAAUACAUCAAAAUUCGGUUGUCCCACUUCUCCACAAAAAGGCCGCUUCUGCCCAGAGAAUUUUGGUCGAUUAGAGGAUAAUACUUGUGCUCAUAUCUCGAAGUGUCCCAAGAAUUCAGGAACGAGAUUACUUCUAGAAGUUAUCAAGUCAGAACAACAACGGUAUCCG